AUGAAUGAGCCCCUCUCUGCCAUCGUCAUCCCCCCUCCACUCCUCAUUCACAUUUACGCAUACUCCCUCAGUAUCAUGACCGUAUCAGGCGACCUUCACGGCAAGAUUGCUUUGGUUACAGGCGGGGGUCGCGGCAUCGGACUCGCCAUCACCCGUGCAUUGGCACAGGCUGGAGCCACCGUCAUCAUCACCUACACGGCCAAGGACCCGACAGCAGUUGCCACAGCUAUCUCCCAAGAGUUUGGUGUGCCCGUGCACGUAUACUACUGUCCCGGCGAGAAAAGUGAGGUCGUCAACCUCGUCUUUGAGCAAGCAAGCGCCGAAGUUGGAGAAGUCGACCUUGUAAUCGCCAACGCCGGUGUGGGCCUGUGGCGCGAGACGAUUGACAUGACCGAUGGUAGGCGUCAAAUCGUAACGCAGGCGCUGACUACCCCAGUGGAACUGGCGACUCUCAUGCACACCAACCUCUUUGCGCCUAUUUACCUCGCCCGGGCGGCUGUGCGGUACUGGCUUGGCCUGCCAGCCACGGUGCAAGGAGACAUCAGCGGCAUCGUCAACAUGUCACCGCAGUUCCAAAUGGCGUACAAUGCGUCCAAGGCUGGUCUGACCAUGGCCAGCAAGGUGAGUAUGUCGUAUCGGCUGUGGCUAACUCGGCAGUCUCUGGCGGGUGAAUGGGCGAAGUACGGCAUUACUGUCAACUCUGUUUCCCCAGGCUACGUCAAGACGGAUUUGAUCGCCAACCCUCCGCCUGGAGAGGGGGCCGAAUGGGUUGCUAAAUGGGGUGCCAUGACGCCGGUGGGUCGGUUUGCCGACGCAUCCGAGGUCGGUGACAUGGUUGCAUUCAUGGCAUCUGGUCGUGCUUCGUCGUUUAUGACGGGCCACGACAUCGUCAUGGACGGUGGUUAUACCACCUACUAG